UGUGUUUGGGCUUCAGGAGCAGGCUGGGGAAGCACUGCUUGACUGACAGAUCUGUUCCUCCAACAGGGAGCGUCUCUCCCGGAAGGCCAGUCAUGAGAAGUACUGGACGUCGAUGUGUGUCGAUGUUCUGGAGCAUCGCUGUGAUUUCACUGCAGCUGAACUGCAUUACCUGGCCUUGUAUCUGCUGCGUGUGCGGGCCAACACGUCUCAGCGGUCCUCCGGCUGGGUCCAGAUCAGAUUCUGUCCAGAUAAACACGCUGCUUUAGGUCCUCCGUCCAGCGUGAGGCUGAGGUCUGUUAAAGGACAUCUAGAGGUCAUCAUCACUGACCCUGUGACCAGCUCUAACCAGUCCAUGAAAACACUGCUGGACAACAAUCUGAGAUACCUCAUCCAGUACUGGAGGCGCUCUGAGGAGCCUGAGAAGGCUAAAGUCCUGCAGACAGAGAACAAUGUGGUGAUGCUGACGGAUCUGGACAGACAGACGUGGUACUGUGUGAGAGUCCAGAGCCGCUACGACUUCUAUAACAAGAUCAGUGUCUUCAGCGACACACACUGCACACGCACUGAAGGUCAGCAG